AAUGCCGAGCCGGCCCCUAUUGGCUAGCCGGCUCUGGGCUGGGAGCCCUGAUUGGCCGAGGACCCUGAGGCGACAGGUUCCGGAAAGGGGACGAGCAGCCAAUAUGGCGGCGGAGCGCGGCGCGGGGCAGCAACAGUCGCAGGAGAUGAUGGAGGUUGACAGGAAGGUUGAAUCCGAAGAGUCGGGUGAUGAGGAGGGAAAGAAGCAGAGCAGCGGCAUUGUGGCAGACCUCAGCCAGCAGAGCCUGGAAGAUGGAGUGGAGCGGGGAGAUGAGAACGCAGAAGAGGAACAUGAGCUGGCUGUGGAUAUGGAAACCAUUAACCUGGACCGAGAUGCAGAGGAUGUUGAUCUGAACCACUACCGAAUUGGGAAGAUUGAAGGCUUCGAGGUGCUGAAGAAAGUGAAGACACUCUGCCUUCGUCAGAACUUAAUCAAAUGCAUUGAGAACCUUGAGGAAUUGCAGAGUCUUCGAGAGCUGGAUCUCUAUGACAACCAAAUCAAGAAAAUUGAAAACUUGGAGGCACUGACCGAGUUGGAGAUUCUAGAUAUUUCUUUUAAUCUACUGAGAAACAUUGAAGGGAUUGACAAGUUGACAAGGCUGAAAAAACUCUUCUUGGUCAACAAUAAAAUCAAUAAAAUUGAGAACAUAAGCAGCUUACAUCAACUGCAGAUGCUGGAGCUGGGCUCUAACCGCAUCCGGGCAAUUGAAAAUAUUGAUACAUUAACCAACCUGGAGAGUUUGUUUCUGGGGAAAAACAAAAUUACUAAGCUUCAGAACCUGGAUGCACUGACCAACCUGACAGUCCUCAGCAUGCAGAGUAACCGGCUGACAAAGAUUGAGGGUCUGCAGAGCCUGGUGAACCUUCGGGAGCUGUACCUCAGCCACAAUGGCAUCGAGGUCAUCGAGGGCCUGGAGAACAACAACAAACUCACAAUGUUGGACAUUGCAUCAAAUAGAAUCAAAAAGAUUGAAAAUGUCAGCCAUCUCACAGAACUGCAAGAAUUCUGGAUGAAUGACAAUCUCCUGGAGAGCUGGAGCGACCUGGAGGAGCUGAAGGGUGCACAGGGUCUGGAGACAGUCUACCUGGAGCACAACCCCCUGCAGAAGGACCCCCAAUACCGGCGCAAGGUCAUGCUGGCCCUUCCCUCCGUGCGGCAGAUUGACGCCACGUUUGUCAGGUUCUGAGCCCGCCUCGCUCCUCGCCUGACCCCUCUCCUCUCAAGAACUUCCCAGCCACGGUGUUGAGUCUACCUGUCGCCCGGCAGUCACCCCGCUCAGCAGUCUCCACCGAUGGCAAUAAACAGGCCCGGGCGGCACUCCCGUGUGAGCCACUCACCACUCGGAGAUGCCAAUGCUAUUAAACCUUGCCACAUGGUCUUCCCGAAUUGUUGAUGGUUAUUGUGAGCCAUGGAGACUUUGUCUGGGGCCACUCGGCCCCAGCCCCGCCCGCCUCUGGUGACGUGGUCUGAGGGUAGCUUAGGGGUGUCCACGCCGCUGCUCAGGUGGGCGACCAGGGCCACCCCGGCAGGUCUCCAGGGGCCACCUGCACCAGCAUGCUGUUUAGUUUUUCAGACCAGUUGAUGCCUGAAAAAUACUACCUAUAUUUAAAAAAUAAAGUGGGUAAAAGAUG